AUGUCGUCCAUCACCAUCGCGAGUCUGCCUAGAAUGGCGCGGGAGACCCUCUCAACCAUUAUCCAAACACCCGCAGCGGCCAGCAAUCUUGCUAUCAUAGAUGUCAGAGAUUCUGACCAUGUUGGCGGCAACAUCGUCACCUCUCGAUGGGUUCCCAGCUCCUCCUUUGACGUGCAUGUCCCGGAACUUAUCCGGACCCUGAAGGACAAGGAGAAAGUCGUCUUCCACUGUGCUCUAAGCCAGCAGCGUGGCCCAUCAGCUGCUCUUAAAUAUGCAAGAGAACGAGCCAGAGUACUUGGGGAAACUGAAAACGCCAAACAGACCAUAUUUAUCCUUGAUGGGGGGUUCGUCAAGUGGCAGGAGAUAUUCGGCAACGACCCGAAGCUCACUAACGACUACGUUAAAGAUAUCUGGGAUGAAUAUUGA